CGUAAACGUGAGAGAGUUGUAUGUGACGUACUUAUAAUCAAAGUAUAUGUUAUGUAUGUGCGUGUGGCGUGUACAAGACAUACAUGUGUGCACAUAGUGUAUGUGUAUGUAAACCGACUUUACAAUCAAGUCAACACCAAAUACACUUCACUUUUUCCUAUCCCAGUGCAUUUUGAUCACAUUUAUGUCACUUAUAUGUGCAUCUCAAACACGCCGCACACUCGUAAGUUGAAUACACGUACGUCAUAUAGGCCACUUAAUACAUGUCACAUACACGCAACAUGUACAUACGUAACAUAUAUGUCGCUUAUUCGAUACAAUUACGUCACGUUCACCUACAUCACAUACAAGUCACAUAUGUGGGAAAAAAAAUUGAAAAUAAUAGAGUUUGAUUUGUCGGGUUUGUUCUUAGGCACAGACGAAUAUUCUGAGAAGGUGUCGUGA